AUGGCGAGCAUUUUAUCUCCCUCUUGGCCACAGCAUCUUGAACCCGAAACACCAAAGUUUCUUCAGACCACUUUAGUCAGUGAACUGUGCACGUUUCUUGUCUCCCCUACCAAAAUGCCACGACGGGACUUGAUGUUAACUGAAAAAAUUGGUUUCCUGGAUAAGAUCAAGCAACAAUCACGAAACACUAGUCAGCGUCGGUUGGUGGAAAUAACCGGAUUGGCAAAGACUACAAUUUCGCGCUUGAUAAAACAAAAGGAUGAGCUGCGAGAAGAAUGGGUUCAAUGUGAAGAACGAGGAGAAACUUCCAAAAACGGAAGCGUGGGGGAAGGCAAGGACCCAGAUGUCGAUGAGGCCCUUAAUGAAUGGUUUGCCAUUGUUACUGAACGAUCUGUGCGAGUAAGCGGCCCAAUGUUAAAACGCAAAGCAAAACUCGCUAAAACGCUGGACCAUGAUGACUUUAAAGCUACGGACGGUUGGUUGUCUCGAUGGAAAUCUAGACAUGACAUAAAAUUCAAGAAAGCACAUGGUGAGAAAGAAAGUGCUGAUAGUGCAAAUGCUGAAGAAUGGAAAUCGACAAAACUGCCCGAGCUUCUUGAAAAUUUUUCAGUAGAUGACAUCUACAAUGCUGAUGAGACGGGGCUGUAUUAG